AUGAAGGCCUACAGGGUUGGUUGCUAUCAAGCUCUUUUUAGACAGUUAACUAAUUCUCAACAACUUAACCAAAAUCAACAGAGACCAGCUCCACUAUCGCCAAGGUACCCAGUAAACGAAACUGGUCGUUUAAGCGGGCAACCUCCGCCAAAUCUUCACAGACUCGACAGUCGUACUUCCCUAUCACCAAGCGGUUCUCCACAGUUUCCACCACCGCGUCCACAAUUUCCUCAGCGGCUUCAAAGCCCAGGAACUCCUCCUGGUAACUUUCCACGUCCUCCACAAGGUAUUCAAAGCCCAGGACGAUUUCCUCAUCCGGGAUCUCCAGGAAUCCGUCCUCCAUUUCCAAAUCAACGAUUGCCUUUCAAUCCUCAGAAUCAAAUAAGACCUAGGCCUCCUCUGGAAGCCACCAACUCGCAAUUACGUUUUCCUCCACGAAUAGUUACUAAUAAUGAAGGCUUAAGGACACCGCGAGAUCUACAGCUAGACAAAAUGGAAGAUGAUAAAAAUAAGAGACCUAUUUCUCGUGACGGGGAUGAAGAAGAUGAUGACGAUGACGUUGUCAUGGAUGAAAAGGAAGCGAUAAGUUCUACAAAGGACAAUGAACCUGAACAGAUUCAAAUGUCUUCAAAGGCUGAAAGUCUUAGUCCUAGUCCAAAACCAAUGACUCCAGUACCAACUCCAAGUCUAAAAGCUGCUACACCAUCACCAAUUCCUAGUCCAAAAGUUGCAACGCCAGUACCAAGUCCUAGUCCAAAAGCUGCAACCCCAGAACCAUCUAUCAGUCCAAAAGCCGAGACACCAGUACCAAUUCCUAGUCCAAAAGUUGCAACACCAGUACCAAGUCCUAGUCCAAAAGCUGCAACACCAGAACCAUCUUUCAGUCCAAAAGUUGCAACACCAGUACCAAGCCCUAGUCCAAAAGUCGCAACACCAAUGCAGAGUCCUAGUCCGAAAGUUCCAACACCAGUACCAAGCCCUAGUCCAAAAGCUGUGACACCAGAACCAACUCCUAGUUCAAAAGCAGCUACACCAGUACCAAGUCCUAGUCCAAAAGCAGCAACACCAGUACCAAGUCCUAGUCCAAAGGCUGUUGCUUCAAUAGAAGAUUUAAAAAAUGAUCAAGAAGAUCAAUCAAGAUCAUCAAGUUCUAGAUCAGUUAAAUCUCCUACCAAAUCACUAAAUUUACUAGAACCGGGAUCUAGAUCAAUGACGCCUAGUCCUGAUAUCAAGGGUUUCGAUAACGGGAAGCCUAGAUCACUGACUCCUAAAUCACCAUCUCCGAUCCCAGCUCCUGAAUCUCCAUCACCAAAAGCGAUAUCUCCAUUGCCUAAAACUUCACCUCUUCCAUCACCGACUCUAGCCCCCCCUUCCAAGUCUGGGUCUCCAGCGUCAGCGACUCCUGUUCCCUCAUCUCCAGUCGCAAUACCUUCAAUCCCAGCAACUCCAGUAACGGCAUCCUCUAAGCCUCCAAUUUCACCCAAAACUCCUGGGACUCCCAAAGAGGACAAAAAGAAAACUACUUUCGCCGAUGACACAAUCCAGGAGUCUGCAAGUGACCAAAUAAAAUUUACAAGAGUCGGAACUCCUGCGGUAAUUGAUAAGCCCGAACCACCGCAGUGUCCACUUGACACCCCCAAAUCUAUGAAACGAUCAACUUCUGGGCGAUCUAUUAAAUCAGAAGCCAAUGAAAAUGGAACAAGUCAAGCUACAGGAAAUGAACAGCCAACGACAAACGGCGUAGCUGUUUCACCAACAAAAAAACCCUCAAAACCUAAAACAGUCGGAUCACCUAUCAAAUCUCCAAGCAAAUCUAUUAAAUCAUUACCAAGAACUCCAGAAGCUGGUCCUCCGUCAACUGAUAAAAAAAAAUUGCCGAUGAACAAAGUUCAAGUCGGCGCAGCCCCGUCACCAAAUCUUAAAACAGUUCGUUCAAAAAUAGGAUCUCUGGAGAACGCGAGUUACAAACCAGGAGGUGGUAAAAUAAAAAUUGAAAACAGAAAACUUGAUUUUAGUAACGCGCAACCUAAAAUUGCUGCUAAAAACGACAAAUACACACCCAGUGGCGGCGACAAAAAGAUAACUCAAGUAAAACUACAGUGGAAUGCUAAACCCAAAGUCGGAUCUCUUGAUAACGCGACUUACAAACCCGGCGGCGGUGAUAAAAAAAUAGAAACUAUUAAACUUGAUUUUAAAGACAAGGCUAAACCUAAAGUUGGAUCUAAAGACAAUGCUAAGCACACACCCGGCGGAGGAACUGUCAAGUCGGGUGCAACAACGCCCAAGACUCCCCAGGAAAUGUCGGACAACAUCGAGACACAGAAGAUUGAUAUCAAAGCUGAGAGCAAAGUUGGCUCGAAGGAUAAUAUGAAACACAAACCAGGAGGUGGUGAUAAGAAAAUCUUCGAUGACAAAGAUUAUUUACGACAAAUGGGGGGUUCUUCAAAUGCACAAAGUGUCAACGGUAGUGGUACUCAGAGUCCCGUGCCAUCAAUCAGCGAUGGGAAAAAUGGGCUACCCACCUCGGACGAGAAUCUCAACCAGGAAUACUAGAGCUUUUAUUUAGACCACUUGCGACACUUUUCAUUCACGCAUUAAUAACUUACUUAAUUAUAUAAAUAAAUAAACUCAUCAAUAAAUCAAAACAAGACGUUAAACGACUAAAUUUCUACAAAAAAAAUAAACAAAUUAAAAAUAAUUAACAUCAUUCAGACGAACCUGCCGCGCUAUCACGCGCUUAUUUUACAAAAUCAUUGCCAUCAAGCCAUCUAACGCACUAAUUGCCGAGGAAAUUAUUUCGAUAUAAUAAUAAUUAUUGCUUGUUAAUUUUUUUAGAUAAAAAAAAAAAAACAAUUAAAAAAAUAUAUAUAUAAAUAAAUAUACUGUUAUAAAAAUAUUUGAAUGAAAUUUUUGUCAUGUAUAUAGGAAUUUAUAAUUUGUCGUCACAUCUAAACACUAUGUAAUAAUUGUAAUAAAUAAAUACACAGUUAGAUAUCACUUGUAUCGCUUGAUAAUAAAAUAAUAAUAAUAAUUUUAAUAAUAAUAA